AUGUCGAACAAAGCGGACUCGGAGAGCAUCUCUGCGUAUGGAGCUGCGCGUUCUACAAUCCCCGGGAAGCCGCUCUCCGCCGAAGAUGUCCGCAAGACCGACGCCUAUUUCCGGGCGAGCUUGUACCUCUGCCUGGGCAUGCUCUAUCUGCGCGAGAAUCCCCUUCUCAAGGAGCCUUUACGACGCGAACACCUUAAAUCUCGACUGCUAGGCCACUGGGGAUCUGAUGCCGGCCAGUCUUUUACUUGGAUCCACAUGAACCGCCUGAUCAAGAAGUAUGACCUUGAUGUACUCUUCGUCUCUGGACCUGGACAUGGCGCUCCUGGAAUCAUCUCCCAGUCGUAUCUUGAAGGCGUCUACUCGGAAGUCUACCCCGACAAGGCUGAGGAUGAGCGAGGCAUGCAGAGGUUCUUCAAACAGUUCUCUUUCCCUGGUGGCAUUGGCAGCCAUGCUACGCCCGAGACGCCGGGCAGUUUACACGAGGGUGGCGAGCUGGGAUAUUCCAUCUCUCACGCCUUUGGAACUGUCUUUGACCAUCCCAACUUAAUCACGCUUACGAUGGUUGGCGAUGGCGAGGCGGAGACUGGACCUCUCGCUACGAGCUGGCACAGCAACAAGUUCUUGAAUCCGAUUACCGAUGGUGCUGUUCUGCCUGUUCUUCAUCUGAACGGGUACAAGAUCAACAAUCCUACUGUACUUGCUCGAAUCCCUCACCCGGAAUUAGAAGCACUGUUCCGCGGAUAUGGAUGGUCACCGUACUUUGUCGAGGGCAGCGACCUUCCAAGCAUGCACCAGGCAAUGGCCGCUACCCUCGAGCAUUGCGUGUUGGAGAUAAAGAAGAUCCAAAAAGAAGCCCGCGACUCGAAAAAGGCUUCCCGAGGUCACUGGCCUAUGAUUAUCCUGCGCUCUCCGAAAGGCUGGACUGCGCCCCGCGAAGUCGACGGAAAACUCCUUGAAGGCUUCUGGCGCGCUCACCAGAUCCCAAUCACCGACGUCUUGACCAACCAGUCACACUUGAAAUUCUUGGAAUCCUGGAUGAAGAGCUACGGGCCUGAGCGAUUGUUCAAAGAUGGAAAAUUGAUUCCUGAGUUGAAGGAACUCGCCCCCAAAGGCAACUUCCGAAUGAGCGCCAACCCUGUCUCUAACGGUGGUCUCCUACGCAGACCACUCGAUAUGCCCGACUUCCGCGACUACGCUCUCAAAGACCUUGAGCCUGGAGUGUCAGUCCGUCCCAGCAUGGCCAACAUGGCCAAGUUCCUCCGGGACGUCGUCGGCAACAAUAUGACCUCGUUCCGCGUCUUUGGCCCAGACGAGACCGAGUCCAACAAACUCUCCGAGAUCUACAAAGCAGGCAAGAAAGUCUGGUUGGGAGAAUACUUCGACGAGGAUAACGACGGAGGAAACCUCACCACAACCGGCCGCGUCAUGGAAAUGCUCAGCGAGCACACCUGCGAAGGCUGGCUAGAAGGCUACGUCCUGUCCGGCCGCCACGGGCUCCUCAACAGCUACGAGCCAUUCAUCCACAUCAUCGACUCGAUGGUCAACCAACACUGCAAAUGGAUCGAGAAAUGCCUCGAAGUCGAAUGGCGCGCCAAGGUCGCCUCGCUCAACAUCCUGCUCACCUCCACCGUCUGGCGCCAGGACCACAACGGCUUCACCCACCAAGACCCAGGCUUCCUCGACGUCGUCGCCAACAAAUCCCCCGAAGUCGUCCGCAUCUACCUCCCACCCGACGGAAACACCCUCCUCUCCGUAACAGACCACUGCCUCCGCAGCGCCAACUACGUCAACGUCAUCGUCGCCGACAAGCAAGAGCACAUCCAAUUCCUGAACAAGGACGACGCAAUCUCGCACUGCACCAAAGGGCUCGGAAUCUGGGACUGGGCCAGCAACGACCAAGGCAGCGAGCCGGACGUCGUCAUGGCCGCCUGCGGCGACGUUCCCACCCACGAAGCCCUCGCCGCAACAGACCUGCUGCGACGCCACGUCCCCGGUCUGAAAAUCCGCUUCGUCAACGUCGUCGACCUCUUCAAGCUCAUUUCCACAGUAAACCACCCGCACGGCAUGCCGGAUCGCCAGUGGAAAGCCGUCUUCACCACGGACAAGCCUAUCAUCUUCAGUUUCCACUCGUACCCGUGGCUCGUGCACAGGCUUACAUAUAAACGGCCCGGCCAGCGUAACCUGCAUGUGCGCGGGUAUAAAGAAAAGGGAAACAUCGACACGCCGUUUGAGCUGGCGGUGCGCAAUCAGACGGAUCGGUAUAGUCUUGCGAUUGAUGCGAUUGACCGGAUUGAGUCGUUGGGGAAUAGGGCGGCGGGGGCGAGGGAGAGGUUUUUGAAUCUGCAGAUGCUGGCGAGGAAUGAGGCGUAUGAUAAUGGGGUUGAUCCGGAUUAUAUUCGCAAUUGGACGUGGAAUUAUCCGAGGGUGUCGUAG